AUGGCUUCCAUCGGAUUCCCCCAGCAGCAGCAACAGCAGCAGCAGGCUCUGCCCAUCCAGUCUGCCAGCUCUCCCUCUGUUGACAGCAAUCUGCUGAGUGCUCUCGCAACCUACAUCACCACCGGUCCCGAUGCUCGUAGCACAACUGAGCAGGAGAUCCAGGAGAUCGCUGCCCAGGCCAUCUCCACCCCCGGUGGUAGGGCUCAUCUCGAGUCCAUCCUUCAGUCCAGCGACUCCAUCGGCCACAAAGCCUGGAAGAACAAGGAAAAUGCCAACGGAACUAUCACAGUGACCAAGACUACCAUUGAACUGGCCAUUGGUGUCCCUAACAUUAAGCGAUCCUUCACUGGCAAGGGGUAUGGUGUUUUCGUCCCUGGUAAAGCGGCUAUCCCAAUGACUUCAACCAGUUGGGCGAAGGGGAUGCAAGCUAUGAACUCCAUGUCAAGGGCCUCGAUGUCCAUAUCAAGGUGUACCGCCAGCAGCAGCAUGUCGCCACCUUCUGGUUCCAGAACAUCCCCAUCGUGUUCCCCCCCGUCCCCGUCCGCCUCACCGGUAGCAUCGCUACCACUGAUUAGAACUGGAUCUGUCCAGUGCGAUGUGAUCUCUGGUGAUCAGAAGCUGGUGGCUCAGACCCUGGCCUUUAGUUCAAACCAUUUCCGUAGUUUAUCUUUGUUUUUAGCUAGCUGUUUCGCUCCUUAG